AGAAGCGACAAGCGGUCAAUUUGGACACGUAACUGUUCUCAGUCCUCUCUGGUUGACAAAAUCCUAUCAUUUCCGGGUGCAGCCCAAUGGAAAAGGCUUCUUUAAAAAGAUCAUACAGAAACUCUGGAAGCGUCCAAUACAAUACAAAAAAUAGAGGUCAACCGUAUCAAGUUUAUGGCAUUAACAGUAGAUACCACCCUCAAACUUUUCAUAACAUCCCUCACAAUUUAAAACCUGAGGGGAGUCAACAAGUGGAAUUUCAUACGCAGAAUUUUCACAAUAUACCACAAGAGUUGGCGUCUGAAGGCGACACACAACAAAUUGAAUACGCGUAUCAGGGCGGAGAAAGCCAUGAAGGUGAGGUGAUCAACAUGAGUGAAGAUCAAGACGCUCAUUACCAAUCUCCUGAAACCGAUUAUCAAGUGAACAACUAUCAGCCUCAGGAAUCGUAUUCGUUACCAUCGCACCCGGGCUAUUACGGAUAUCACUACCGCCCGCCGAUACCGCCGACCCCACACCCCUUGCUACCACACAAGAGCAAGCAACAGUCAGCACCUUACACCUAUUAUUACAUCGGGCGGCACCUCUGGUAUAUCCCGCUCUAUUUCAGCAUUUAUUUUAUCGUUUAUGUCGGCUUGCUUGUUUUGAAAUCGAUCGCAAGGCACAAAGUUCUGUUCCCGGAGAAUCUCCAAGCUGCCGCUGCAGCUUCGACAAUGAGAGAUUUGCAUGUACUCAGAUCGAUAGAUCAAGCUCAAAAACGAUACCUCAUGAAGUGAUUAUUUUCUAAUCAAAUUCAUUAUUUUGAAAACAUUUCAUUUGGAAAAAGUUAAAUCUAGUUGAGUGUGUGAUCGACAAAACAAUAAAU